AUGAAUAUCUCUUUACCUUUGUUACUUAUUUACUUUAAAUUUGUUUUUAUUAUUUUGGCUGCCGGUCAGUCAUUACCUAACGCUCGUUAUUUUCAGAAAAGUGUCCUAGUCAAUGAUAAAUGGUAUAUUUUGGAUUACAAUCUUGACCGUGGAUCUCAAUCUGAUUCAG